AAAUCUGACACUUAGCCGCUUUGUGUCUCUCCUUCCGUUCUAUAAAAGCUAAACUGCACCACCUUCUCGUAAACUCUCUCUAGAAACCAAGCAUCUUAUCGUGCGCACCCUCACUCGCUUAUCGUGCGCACACCUCAUCAGCAAUGGAAGAGCUGGCCGAUUCAUGGCGGCGCGACGCCCUCUCCCUCGCCGGUUUUCGUCCGCCGGAGACUCCGAUGGAGCCGAUGGAGUUCCUCUCACGAUCUUGGAGCGUCUCCGCCCACGAGGUCUCGAAAGCGCUAGCUCCGUCUCACCCUCCGCCGCUGCUGCUGAAGACGGCGAGCGGUGGCGGUGGAGCGAUACUGGAAGAUGUGGCGGGAGAGGCGGAGGAGGCGGGGAUGGUCGCUGGAAAUCCCUUUUCCUUCGCUUCCUCCGUCACGUCACAGCUCGUCAUGGAACGAAUAAUGUCUCAGUCGCAGGAAGUGUCGCCACGUACAUCAGGAAGGCUCUCUCAUAGCAGUGGGCCACUGAACGGUGGCCAGAGCUGCGGGUCUCUGACUGACAGCCCUCCCGUCUCUCCCUCUGAGAUCGAUGAUUCUAAGUUUUGCCGUUUGAGCAACACUGGAAAAGCCCAAUUCCGGGGAGGAGUAGUUGGAGUAGGUGGAGCUGGUGCUGGUGGAGGGGGAGGAAAGACAGUCGGGAGGUGGUUGAAGGACCGGAGAGAGAAGAAGAAGGAAGAAUCCCGGGCCCAGAAUGCCCAGCUCCAUGCAGCUGUGUCGGUUGCGGGAGUAGCUGCAGCUGUGGCUGCCAUCGCGGCCGCAACAGCAGCUUCAUCAUCAUCAACUGGUUCUGGGAAGGAGGACCAGAUGUCGAAGGCGACGGACAUGGCUGUGGCUUCAGCGGCAACAUUGGUGGCAGCCCAGUGUGUGGAAGCAGCAGAGGCGAUGGGGGCUGAGCGAGAGCACCUUGCAGCUGUCGUCAGCUCCGCUGUUAAUGUACGGACGCCUGGAGAUAUUAUGACUCUCACUGCAGCAGCAGCUACAGCUCUUCGAGGGGCUGCCACGCUCAAGGCAAGGGCGCUAAAGGAAGUAUGGAACAUCGCUGCAGUUAUUCCAGUAGAAAAAGGCAUGGGAACCACACCCAAUGGUAGUUACAGCGGCGAACUUGUUCCAGAAGAAAACUUCCUCGGUGUAUGUAGCCAAGAGCUCCUUGCAAGGGGCAGUGAACUUCUCAAGCGCACUAGAAAAGGUGCCCUUCACUGGAAGAUCGUCUCUGUUUACAUCAACCGUUUGGGGCAGGUAAUGGUGAAGAUGAAGAGCAGACAUGUUGCAGGAACCAUCACCAAAAAGAAAAAGAGUGUAGUUUUGGAAGUUUGCAAGGAGAUACCGGCAUGGCCGGGCCGGCACUUGUUGGAAGGAGGAGAGAAGCGGCGUUACUUUGGGCUGAGGACGGUGGCACGUGGGGUCAUAGAAUUCGAGUGCCGGAGCCAGAGAGAGUAUGAGAUAUGGACACAAGGUGUGUCUAGGCUCCUAAGCAUUGUCAAUGAGAGGAAGCUUUGAAAAACCUGUUACCGUAGGGGCAGGUUUGUAACAUCAGAUGGCCCACCUGAGAUCAGAGCUUAGCAAGAAUAUGUUUGCCCGUUGGUAAUCUCUGAGGCGGACCCCGCCUCUCCUGUAAAAUAGUAGUAUAAUCAUCAAAGGGUUCUUUAAUGGAUUUUUUUGGUUUCUGAA